AUGUCCACUCCUUCAAUGACUCUUUGUUCGACUUGUCAAAAGCAGGGUGUUUUGGCCAAGUCUGCGGAGAUUGGUGUUCAGUGUUCUAGCUGUCGAAUCAGCACACGUUUCGCUGAGACAGGAAGGCUAGAGAUACCCGAGACUCCGGACAUCAACACUAUUCGUAAGCCAUCACUCUUGCCAUCGAGCUCGGCAAGUUUGACUGCUCAUAUUGCAGCUCCGACCGUGGAUGAUCCUGUAUCGAGUAUGGCUUGUUCAGUACAAAACUCAGCCAGAUCAGAAGCUGAGCCUGACUUGCCAACGGUCAAGGCGAGCCCUUUGUCCUGGUUCGAUCCAGAACAAGUGUACGUCUUACCGGAAGUCAAGAAGGUUCGUGAUAACGAACUGUCCUGUAAAUCUGCCGCAGACAUCCAAGCUACGGAUACCGCAUCCACAUCUCAUGAGACCUCUCUUGAGCAAAGCACGCCCAUGGAAAUGCGCCCAAUUGCUGAUAUCAGUGAACAGAAGACUACUCUAGAAGUGGAGCAGGUAUUGCAAAGGGAUCAAGUUUGCGACAACGAUCCAUUGCCGCAAGUCGAUAUGCAACGUGAGAACUGUACUCCAUCUACUGAUAACUCGAACCAUGAUGAACCCUCGAGGACCCAUGAGCCUGACACCGCCAAUGACACUUCACCCGGCAAAUCAGAUAUACUGGUAGACAGUGAACCUCGAAAGCCAGCAGCCGUUGUCGUUGGGCCUCUCGAAUUGAGCUUAGAUGUUAUACCCCAGCAACCUUGUGCUGAACGUACGACGGAUCGAGUUGUUCCUAUAUUAUCUGCAGAAGAACAAGCACCAACAGCAUUAGAGUCGAGAGGAAUGACAGAAGGUGUCCCUGUUCCCCCAGUCCUAAGCGUCUCAGUGAGCCCGACUCCGGCAAGCACAGGUUCGCCGACACUUAACGAACGUCUCAACAAUCGCGAUUUGGCCAGGAUAGCACUGGUAUGUGCGAAGGGCACAGGUUUGACUGCCUUGCAGGUCAUCGACUGGUUGGCUUCAGAAUUUCCUCACUUGCAAAAGGGUCAGGGUGGUUGGGAGAAGACUAUCAAGUCUGUGCUUUCUCUUCUACCUGAAAUCCAUGGCGUGAGGUCUCCGCGCCAACCAGUUUUGUACAGCUUCGCCAGUGCAGCUCUUAGAGCAAAGUACGAGAAACAAUAUCGAGGCUACCUUCAAACAAUCCCAGUAUCAGGAUCUCAGGGUAGUAAAUAUAAGGCCAGAAAGAGCGUACGACAACAGCACGGAGCAGAUGCUGUUAGCCAACAGCAACAUGUCCAGAUUAGACCACCUGCUCAGACCGAGAGAACUGCUUCAAAAGCUAUCAAGAGUGCACCAAGUCGCCGGAAUGUUACGGCCCACGGCUCUACUCUACUACCUCUGGUUCUUGAGGGAACACUUUCCCACGACCCUGUUUCAGCGCCUGCGAUCGAGCCUGUUGAAAUCGACACGUCAGCAGCCAAUCUCGACGGUGAAAAGUCACCAUCAGCCCCGUCGGUCUUCGGACCCAGGGUUCAGGAUGCCGACGCAGACAAAGUCAAGAUUACUUCAAAUUAUGACGACUUGUUUCACCCAUUCGAGCGCACUGUUGCGUCUCGUCCGAAUGUUACGCUUUCUGAUGAUUUGGAGACCAAACGUGGAACGAGCUUACGCAGUAUCUAUCCGCGCACUGUAACGCCUACAAUCGAGACCAUGACCGCAGAAGAAAAAGCUGCAAAGAUUGCAGAGAUCAAAACGAGGCCGAAACGGAAACAGUUCUUCGGCUCAGUCCAUCGUCUGGCACACGUGCGAAGAUAUGGGCGGCAGGAUAUUCAUGACCAGAGUGACGGGGCAUGGAAGCCCAACUCCAUGACAGGGAGGUCGAUGGGUGAACAAGAUUCCGCCGCCAUGAACGAAUGUGGUGAGAACCGAUCUUUGUUACAGGUCUUUAAUCUGCCGAGUAAUGCUAUCCCUAUGAACGACGGCAAGGAGCUGGCUUUCCGAGACGGCACAUUGGUGAAUGGCCGACUGCCUCGGCCGCGGCAAGUAUAUCGAGUUGGCAAAGCGUUUGGAAGCGAACUUACGAUCAGAUGA